AUGCUACGCGCGGAACGAGUUCAACCUCCACUCCAAGACCACUAUCGGCGUGGAGUUCCAAACCCAGAGCAUGGAAAUAGACGACAAUGA